UAUGUUAUAUAAAAAUGUGUAUCCCUGGUACUAAUACAGAGGAUCUGUUAAUUUUUACCAUGAAGAAGUCACUUUGAUAAAUGUUCUAGUCAAUUGCCUCAUUUAAUCCUGACUAUAGGCAUAGAAGCUCAGGCCUAUUUUAUAGACAUCAGAGAUGGAAACACCCAAGAUUUUCAAAGGUUAAAUAACUUUCUCAAGGAUGAGCAGAGUAAGUAGUUGAACAUGGACUCAGACUGAAGGAGCCAAAACAUAUCACUAUUUGUCACCCUACAUUAUCUCUGCACAAUUAUCUAAGAUGGGCUUUUUUAAAGCAGUAUUACUUUUCCUCAGAACUCAUCAAUUAUCUGUGAAACACUGUAUUUCACAGCUCAGUUCUGGGCUCAGACUAGUUCAGAAAAUCAGUCUAAAAUCUGACCAUUUACUUAGAGAAGCUUAGCAGACUAUUCAAGAGUAAAAGUUUUGCAGGCUUAAAAUAAGCUAUUAUCUUUCAUCAGUCUUUAAAAAAUAAUUACCUUCAAUAUGUAUUUUAAAAUAAAAUAAAACCAUGAGAAAGAACAUUAAAGGAAGAGAUAUACUGUAAAGAAUACAUUUCUGAUUUCUGUGUCCUAAGCUGUCCAGUUCUUUGCUUUGUUUUGCUUAAUGAAAUGCCUACUUAUCUCCGUUGAAGCUAUUCUGAUCCAGAUGGCCUACUUUAUAUAGCAUUGACUUUUCCCUUUGACUUCUUAAUUCUAAGGGCUUGCUCAGCAUUUCUUUGCGAACUGGUUUCUUCUCACAAACCUCAUUUCUCUUCGAUCACUUCAGGUAGGACCCGAGAGACAAGGGCUCAGUCCCAGACACUGAGACAAAAGCAAAAUUUAACAAUCUAGUUUUAAGGAUUGUCUGGGUAAACUGAACGACAGUGCUAAAUGUUUGCCUUUACAGACUUAUCGCAUUUCACAAAGGACACUCAUAAGUAUAGUUAACAAAGCAAAAUGCCAAGCAAAUUACCAAAUAAAGGAAUAUGAAGGUAUUUCCUCCAUAAUGUAAUACUGAAAUAACACUACUAAAUUUGAGGGCACGGAAGGGAGGGAAGAAGAGUUAAUUAUUUGAACUAAAACCCCAAAAGUUCAAGUGUAAAAAUGUGACAAACUAAUCUACUCAGCUUUUUCUAUAAUGUGGGUAUUGCAGCACAAGAGAUAAUCCAUAUUCCAUAAGUUAAUCUUCAGUGCUUUAAGUCUUUAAGUAGGACGAGGAGCAUGAACAAUGAUGCAGUAGGAGUUCCCACUGUGGUGCAGUGGGUUAAGGGUCUGGUGUUGGUGUAGGUAACAGCUGCGGCUCGGAUUCGAUCCCUCGCCCAGGAACUUCCACAGGCUGUGGGUGUGGCCCAAAGCAUGUUAUUAAUGAAAAAAAAUUUAAAAAGAAUUAAAAAGAAAAGAAAAACUACCCAACAGCCACAACACUGCAGCAGCUGCUAUUUCACAAGUACAAGAAAGAGUCAAAGAUCUGGGCAGACACACUGGUUAUUUCUUCCUUUUCCGCCACUUCGAGAAUGUCUCCUCUGGUUUCGACUGAUUCCUUUAAAAACUACAAUGGCAGUUCCCCUUUGAGUCUCUUUAACCCAAGAUUGUGUUUAUGGAUUCAAAAUUAUUUCCUGAUUAGCUGAAAUCAUAAAAAUAGGUAUGCAGCUUUUAAGCAUUUUAUACGUCCUUCAGAUAAGCUUUGCGUCAUUGAAACUAAAGGAUACCAGCCACGCAGAUGUAAAAGGAAAAUUUCCUAGGCAAACAUUUAUACCAUAUAAAAGCCAUGCAAAUGCUGGCUUUCAGAGGGAAAAAAAAAAAAAAAAAAAAAAGGCUUGUUCUUUUUUUUCUCAAAUGAAGGCCUUUCCUCAGAGCACAGUUGCAAAGUUGAGAUUUACAUAUUUUUUGACUGAAAAAAUAAUUUUCAUAUCACAAGGUAAGUGACUUCACAGUGUGAAGAGUUCAGGACACUGGCGCCGCAGGUAACAGGCCAUUAAAGAAAGAGGCCUCAGGGAGUCAAGUUCACGGUUGAACUUGAUUAUUUCUGUUUAGUGGAAACGCCACCCAAGUCCUUCAAGUUAAAGAUAAAAUCUAAACAUCCUGAGUAUGGAAUGGAUUCAGUGGUGUUUAGAUAUUAAACUUGACCUCAAAAGUAAUGCAGUUAGAUGAAGACUGUGGAGGGAAAAAAAAAAUAGGUGAUAGGGACCAUGUCAAUAUAGAAAAGUUUCCGCCUGGAAAAAUAUUCAGCGGCAGCAGCACAGAUUCUUCCAUCCAUCCUGUCAACGAAGAAGACAUCAAGAGAGCAAGAAGGAAAACGGUUUCCCCUGCACGGCGUUUGUGUCACCGCCUACAGAGACAAUGGCCUGGUCUGAGAACAUGGACACCCUUCUAAGCAACCAAGCUGGCCUAGAUGCUUUUCGAACAUUCCUCAAAUCGGAGUUUAGUGAAGAAAAUGUGGAGUUCUGGCUCGCCUGCGAAGACUUUAAGAAAACAGAAAGUGCAGAAAAACUUGUCUCCAAAGCCAAGGUGAUUUAUUCGGAAUUCAUCGAAGCGGAUGCCCCUAAAGAGAUUAACAUCGACUUCAGUACCAGGGACCUCAUCUCAAAGAACAUCGCGGAACCGACUCGCAAAUGUUUUGACGAGGCUCAGAAGCUAAUCUACAGUCUCAUGGCUAAGGAUUCCUUUCCUCGAUUUCUCAAGUCAGAGAUUUAUAAGGAACUGGUACAUAGCAGACAGGUUGGAAAUCAUAAAAAAUGGCUCCCUUUCUUGUAGAGAAGGCAAAUGACAAACUAACAAUCCGGUUAUAAAUGGGGAAAAAACAACCGAUAGGACAGAUCAACUCUUAUCACUCCAAGGCUAGAAUGGUUUAAGUAUUUCAAUGCAAUAUAUGGCUCUUUAGGGUUUAGAAGACAUGUUUUACUCCAAUAGGGAAAUCAUUUUACGUACGAAACCUGAAUGUCUAAGUCACUUGUUUAGAAUGCGUUUAUUUUAUCAGGUACUUAAAUCUCGCCUCUACUGGGAGAGUACAAAGGACGUUUAAGAAGACACAGCACACUCUUAAAACCUAAGUGGAUGUUCUUAUGACAUUAUACAUUCCAGAAACUAUAUAUCUUCAUGUUGCUGCGUGGGAGACUGUUUAGCAUUAUGUACAUGAUUUUAAAUACCAUUUGCAUUAUUCAAAACCUCAUUUCUAUAAAAGAGAGAAAUUCCGACCCGGAACAUAACAUGUCCUUUAGAAUAUUCAGCUAUUUCUUUUCGACCAGGGUCUACUACAUAAUGUGGUGGUUAUCUAAACUGCCAUGGCCCUCAGAUUAAUUAAAAGGAAAAAUGCCUAUAUAUUUAUAUGUAUGUGUGUGUGUACACACACACACACAUAUAUAUGCCAUUGAUCAAACUGUCAAAAUAUAUCACUUGGUUUAAUUCAAUGGCAUCACACAUGCAUAUUUAAAAAGGGCCUCGAGGGUGGGAAGGAUUGAUUUUUUUAGCUCAAUAAAAAUACAAAGGGAAGAGGAGGACGAAGGGGCACGGAUCAGUCCUUCUACAACGAACUGCGAACUGCGUAGCAGUGACUAUCUCAUGAAAUAAAAGAUUAUUGCAACAUCGUCUAUUCAAAUAAGAGUGAGGUUAAGUGCCUGUUCUCUCCUUCAGCACUGGACCUUGAUAAAAUUCAAAGAAAUGUUUUAAAUGCAUUUAUUUUGAGAUGUUCCUAAAACUGCUUCUUUGUACCUAUAAAUGUCCCACGAUACGUAUGAAUAAUUUCAUGUCAACAUGAGAGGCUCUGAAGAGUCAACAGAUCUUGCAUGUUUCCAUUUUGUUUUCACAGAUUAAUUCAGCUUUGCUGAAAUCUCCAUUUUGCAGAUUAUUUGAACAUUAGAAAAUAGAUGAAAAAUAGCAUGAUUUAUUUUAUGUUUCUACAAACCAUUCAUUUGAUAGACAAAGUUUGGUCUCCCCUGUUCUCUUGAAAAACAAACAUUUAAACACAUGCAGAUGGAACAUCCCCAGGACACCUGCAAAUUCUUUAAAAGAAGACAUAAUGCAAACUGGUGGUGAAGUAUUCAGCGCGCCUGUAGGUGCACUUAAGGGAAAAGAACUACACCCUUUUCGACAUUUAUUCUGGCGCUUCAAACCUGAAUUGAGUCUCUGUUUAAAUUCGGAAUUUAAAAAUUAUUCCGAGAUGAAAAAGACUUUAAAAGGUAAAAGGGACUUUAGUCAUUAAAGUCACAUUCCUUCUUUUAGACAUUAAAAAAAAAAAAAAAAAAAAAAGUGCUCUUGGUUAUUUUCCUAAGGUGCUCUGCUGGUGAGAAGGACCAGUGCUUUUCCCACGAGGCCACAACCAGCACCUUGUUCCCAGGGCAGCAGAGGAACCUCCCCAUUAGAACUGCGCUGAGACCUGGAGCUCUAAUAUCCUCGAAUAUCCAGGCACUGUUCCUGUCGUUGUAUAUUCAGAUUGUCCUUUACAAUCAGUUUGCAAACUCCUUCUUGUUACUGUAGAGCAAGACUCCAGGGUCACUGACUGCCUCCCCCCUUUUUUCUAAGAAUGCACAAGAAGUCACAGAUCAAGCACAGAAGGAGACGAUGGGUAAAGCGUAAAAAUACAGUGGGUGUCAAAAUGAUCUGUUCAAAAACUGGAUGUUGAAUGACCUCUAAUAGAUCCCAACCAAAGACGCUCAGCGGUGAUCCUUCCCUCCCACCUCGUCCACUCACCCCCCACAUCCCAACCUAUAGAUGUUCUGACUUAAUAGAACAGAAAGAAUAGAAUACGUCAGGAGGUCCUGUCCUAGUAUCCGUGAGGACGCAGGUUCGAUCCCUGGCCUCAACCAGUGGGUUAAGGAUCCAGCGUUGCCAACAGCUGUGGUGUAGGUCGCAGA